CGGCCACUCCCAAUCGCGGAUUGGUCAAAAGUUCCAUAGGAUGUUUCUCCGCGCUCCCGCCUCUCCUCUCCAACCCUUAGCGGCACCUUGCAGCAUCCUUCGCUCUUUUCCCGGCAGGGCCGGAGCGCUUCUCUCUCCCGGUGCUUUGGUGCCAGUCCGCGCAGGCGGUCCCGGAGCUGGGAGCGGCUCCAGCACAGGGCAGGACCAGCCGUGACCAGUCAUCGUGUCCCUUUCAAAGAGCCAUCCUGGUGGGUGUGCAGCUGUUCCUGAGGCCGAUCCACGAAGGGCUUUUCCAGCACUCCUGAUGGGUCCGGAGCCAGAGGCUGAUUGUUCUGAGCUGACAGAUUCUGGCUGUGAGAGGGAGCAGAGUGAAUUAGGCUCCAUCCAUGGGCCUGUGAAGGAGCUCCUGCAUCUCCAGGAGGGGUCAGCACCCGGGCUGACAUACUUCCCAGGAGCACAAGAAGCCACUUGUCAUAAGCAGGGGGACUCCACUUGUGAGCGAGCAGCGAAUGAAGAUGUGGAGAAUGGAAUCUGCAGCAGCGAUGGCAGAGUGAGGGAGCCCCUGGAUCCCCAGGGCACAUCAGCAACCGGCCAUGGGCACAGAAGCAUCCUCAGCAAAUUGGCGGGUGAGUGCAGGGCCACGCCUGUGGCCUCUAGGGAGGGCCAGUGUCACUGGCAAGGACAGGGCUGGCAGGUGUGUGGCUGUUUCCCGAUGUGUGGAAGAGGCCUCGUGCUGCGCUCGGCCCCAGCAGUGGCUGGAAGCGGCAGCCGCAGCUGCCCCCAAGGCUGUGCAGCUCUCCUGCUGCAGCCUGUCCCCAGCCCGCUGUCCCUGGCUGUCCCCACAGCUGUGUCCCUGCCUGUGGCCAGGCUCUUGGCUCUCUGGCUGCCAGCUGAGGGAGGAGCAAACAGGCUGAGAGCUCCUCCUGUGCUCCCCGGCCAUUGGGUUGGGAUGCGAGGGCCAGACUUGGUUUUUCCUAAACUACACUUUCACUCUGCUCUCCUUCCUGUGACCUUAGCAAAAGGCACACAAGGCACUUGCCUACACAGAGUAAAACCUUUCUUUUUUUAUGUCUUUCUCACUUACACCCUACUCCCCAUUCUCUCCCCACUCUUCCUACCACUAGAAGUUUUAUCUGAAUUGCCUCACUCGCUUCCUGCCUGGGAUUUCUCCAGCAGUGCUUGGUGGUUUGGAGAUAAACCUAAUCACAGCAUUUAUUGUGUGUGGUCUGCCUCAGUGUGAAAAGGCAGGGAGAAUUGUUUGGAUUCAUAAUGUUACUUGCAUUAAAUAGGGAGAAAUGGAAGGAUCUGCAAAGUACCUGGAACUGUUGCACAUGGCAGAAGAUCACUUCCAGCAAUCUGUUGAUGUGCCAAAAAAGAUAAGAGCUACUUGAAAUUCAUGAAUAUCAUAUACCCUGCCUACAAGUCCUUUAACUGACCUUUAAAAUCCUGGUUACAAAAAACCUGAACCCUUUUCUCCAUCGUACAUUUAACAUGUGUGCUCUGGCCAGGACAUUCAGGUACUAAUUCCUCUGGAAUGCUCCACUAGGAUAAGUUCUUGCUAGAAUAACUCUUUAUCUGAGUUUUGUGAAAUGCUGAGCUCUUCCAAGUAGGUUAAGAGGUGACUGAAAAGCAUUAUUUACUUGGUUUGCUGUAGGAAGUGUAAAAUGUUUCAUGGAAAAGCAGUGGAUAAUAAAUACAGAGUAAUCUGUCUACUUUGCUCCAGGAGCUGGCUGGAAGAUCAAAUCCAAAAAAUAAGUCACUACAAUAAUAUCUGAGGCUUUGCCAGCUCAUAGUAUCUUGACUGGUAGUUUUUUGACUUUCUAGUCUGUGCUGUUUGGGAUCUGGCAAUCUUGAGAUUUACCAAGGCCAAAUAAAUAUAAAGAGCCAUGACAAAUGUGCUUUGGAGCCAUCAGCUGGGAAUUGCAGGGACUGACUGUGUCCUGUUUUGGCCAAUGCUCUGUGUAGUACUCUGGUACUUCCCCAGAUUCAUUUCCCUUUUUGAUGUGCUUGCACAGAAGGAAAAAUGAAAAAUUUGAGUGAAAACCUGAAUGCAGCUUAUGUGAUCCCAUUGAACCAAUUUCAGUAAAUUGAUUUUUUUUCUUCUAGCUCUGUUGAAGUGAGCCCAGGUGAUGAAAUCCUGACACUACUACAGACAACAUCCAUUGAUUUGAAGGAAUUUGAGAGAGAAGCAGCUUGUCUUCCUCCAGAGGCUGGUCAUCUGAUGAAUCCCAUGUUACCUUUGACGUGGAUUCUUUUACAAAAGCACUGGACAGAAUCUUAGGAGCAGACUCAGAGGAGCUGGAUUCUGAUGAUCUGGAUGAAGAGGAGGAGUUUGAUUUCUCAGAUGGGGAUGAUGAAGACCUGGCUGCUGGAAAUCCAAGGCAGGAGCAGAAGGUGUCUCCUGAGGAGCUCGUGGGCAGUCUCAGGUCGUACAUGAAGGAGAUGGACCGUGAGCUGGCACAGACCAACGUUGGGAAAAGUUUCAGCACCCAAAAGAGAGGGGCAGGUUCUGUUGGAGCAGCCACAUCUGAGAGCGCUGGCCCCGAUUCUGGAGCUGAGGAUGCUGAGCUGGCACCCUUGGAUGUGGACAUGAACCUGGUGGCAAACCUGCUAGAGUCCUACAGUGCCCAGGCUGGCCUGGCAGGACCCACCUCGAACAUUUUACAGAGCAUGGGGGUGGCUCUACCUGAGAACACAGAUCCCACUGGCCCCAGCAGCCGAGCAGAGCCGUGAGACGCGGCUGGUGGGGAAACGAAGCACAGACCAACGAGCAGGAUGUGGAACAAGAGGCCAAAGGUUUUAAUUCUGAGCGUUCUGUUCAUUAUGUGUCACUUCAGCAAAGUGAAUUUACCUGCAAAAGCCUUCUGGUUGGACACUGUCUUGGAUGGAAAGGAGAAUUUCCCAGUGCUGACACAUUUUCAGAAAACUGAAAAACGAUGUUGUGACUCGAAUGAAACUUAGUAUAAAAAAUUCUCUUCCAUUUUUCCAGUCAGUGAUCCAAUGUGCCACAUUCCUAAAAUGCUCUUUUACACAUUGCUAAGUGGUUUCAAUACCUGGGAAGCAGUUCUUGUGCUGAAAAUGCUGCUGCCUUCAGGGGGAGGUGGGGAAAUGCCACAUUACAGGAAGAGUCUCCUGGAUUUGGGAACGCUGGUUAAAUGUUGGGCAGACAUUGAAUCCUUCCCAAAAGCAAGAUGCUGUAUUGUAAGAACUUCUGACAAUUACUGUAAGAGCCUUGUCCUUAUUAAGUACAAGGAAUUGAAGAGUAACUGGAUCAAAUAUGUAAAUAUUGGCCAGAAGUAUUUUAAAAAUUUAUUUCAAUAAAAACAGAAAUACAACUUGAUAAAUUAAUUUUUUUGAAGGUUUUCCUAACUUCCUCAGUGAAGUAUCAGUUUUUGGAAUGAAAGCAUUUUCAUAAUUGGCCAUUCUCUGAAUUCCAUUUUUGCUGAAUGUUGGUGUCUUGCCAGCAGUAGCUGUAUGUGAGCCCAGGCUGAACAGUUUGGGGUUUUUUCAAUGAAAAUGUGGCUAGAAGGCAUGCAGCAGGUUGCUUUCACAUGGAAAGAAAAAUCUAUGCUAAAUAUGACAACUUUAGUUUCAA